AUGUCGAAGAACAAGAAGGAAAAGAGACCGGCCGCGGGCGGCGACGCGAGCGCGCAAGCCACGCCGGCCGCCCCGAGUACGUCUACGACGACGCCGGGCCCGAGCGGGGCACGGGCACUUACCGGAAAGUGUUGGAAUUGCGAGGGAACGGGACACUACGCGCGCGAUUGGGGGUCGCGACCCGGGGGCGGUCCGACUCCUGCACCUAUCGGCCCUGAAAAUGCAGUCGCGACGAUCCAAACCGACUAUGUCUACAAUUCGUUCGGGGUGAGGGACUCCUAUCUCUCCUUUCUUAACGUCGAGAUAUUGGGCCAUGGCGUUCGUGCGCUGUUGGACUCCGGAUCGAGCCGCACCAUACUAGGGGCGGAGACGAUUGAUUUGGUGAAACGCUUAGGUUUUCGGUUCCGUCCGGCCGCGGAUCGGCGGGUGACCACCGCGACCGGACAAACGACAAGAGUGAGGGGGGAGGUAGAGAUCCCGUUCGAGCUGGGUAAUCAGAAACGAACGGUGAGGGCGUACGCACUACCUAUGGUCGGCUUAUCGUGCAUUCUGGGCAUGGAUUUUUUAUCGGCUUUCGGGAUGGUCGUGAAUUUUUCGGCGAAGACAUGGGCUUUCGGGGACGACCCGACGAGACAGUUCUCUCUGGAGACCGAGACCACCCGGUCGUUAUCGGCCGCGUUAACGGGGGGGGCGACCGGCGGUCAGCGGACGGACAGCGAAAACGAUUCUAGAGAGACGCAGAGAGAAGGGGCGGUACAACGCGAGGAGGCGAACGCGAGUCUAACGCCCGACACCUCGCAGGGGGGAUUGAGCGAACUAUCGGCCGCGGAAAGUCGCGAAUUAGCUGAGUUUCUAAAGUCGGAAGUCGUCGGGGACCCUAAGAGACCAGGGACGACCUCCUUAACGGAACAUCGUAUCGACGUCGGGGGGCACGCGCCGAUCAAGCAGCGGUACUACCCCGUGUCGCCGAAAAUACAACAGGCUAUCUACGAGGAAGUAGAUAAAAUGUUGGAGGCCGGCAUUAUAGAACCCUCGAAUAGAGAGUGGUCAACGCCCAGAGUUAUGAUAAAGAAGCCGAACGGCACGUAUCGGUUCUGCCUGGACUUCCGGAAGUUAAAUGACGUCUCGAAAAAGGACGCGUACCCACUGCCGUACAUGAACUCGAUAUUAGACAAGCUGCGAGCGGCGCGAUACAUAUCGACGAUAGACUUGAGUCAGGCCUACUUCCAGAUCCCUCUGGAAAAGAAUAGUAAGGAAUAUACCGCCUUUACAGUCCCAGGGAAGGGGCUCUUUCAAUUUACACGCAUGCCGUAUGGGCUCACGGGAGCCCCUGCAACGUUUCAGAGACUUUUAGAUAGAUUGAUAGGGCCCGAGAUGGAACCCCACGCGUUCGCUUAUCUUGACGAUAUCGUUAUCGUAACAAGAACUUUCAAGGAACACCUCCACUGGCUCGGGCGCGUGUUCAAUCGUAUCGGAGAAGCGGGCCUCACUAUCAACCCGGACAAGAGCAAGUUCUGUCGCUCGCAAGUCAAAUACCUCGGAUUUUUGGUGCAACACGAAGGGCUAACGGUGGACCCGGAGAAGACAGUCGCUAUUCUAGAGUACCCGCCGCCGCGUAACAUUCGUCAAUUGCGUCGUUUUAUCGGUAUGGCGUCGUGGUAUCGGCGUUUUAUACCACAGUGUGCGGGGGACACUCAAAAGCAAGCUUUUGAGGUGAUAAAAUCGUGUCUCGUGAACUCUCCCACACUAUCGUGCCCGGACUUUGAGAAGCCGUUUGUAGUGCAGACAGACGCUAGUUCGGUGGGCUUAGGCGCGGUACUAUCGCAGGAGAUCGGGGGAGCCGAACACGUCAUCGCGUACGCGAGUCGCUCGUUAACGGAUGCGGAAAAGAAAUACUCCACGACGGAACAGGAGUGUUUAGCGGUUGUUUGGGCAAUUCGGAAAUUUAGGCCCUACCUCGAGGGCUAUCGUUUCACGGUGGGGGCCAUGCAUCACGUACCUGACGCCCUCUCGCGAAUGUACGAAGGGGGCGAGGAACUCUGCGCCGUGAUCGCGACGGACGACCAAUGGUACGUCGGGCGGGCGGAAGAAGUAACGAGAAAUCCGCGGCAGUACCCUGACUGGAAAUUGGAGGGCGACGAGCUAUACGUAAGAAAGACGCGCGGCAUCGCGAGGGUUGUCGGCGACCGGAACCAAUGGAAAAGAGUAGUACCGAGGGAGACGCGACGGGAAGUGAUCCGCGAGAACCACGAUCCUCCUCACGCCGGACAUUUGGGGGUCGAUAAGACGACGAAGGUGGAGCAGGACGCUGCGGCCGGUUUAAUGGGACAAAGAGUGAUAGAGUCGCCGUGGACGGUAGUCGCGGCAGAUAUUAUGGGCCCUCUCCCAACCAGUAAAGCGGGACAUUCGUAUUUACUCGUCCUUCAGGAUUUCUUCACAAAGUGGGUAGAGUGCUGCCCACUUCGAAAAGCUACCGGAAAGAGAAUCCGCGAGGCGAUAGAAGAGUUGGUCAUUUAUCGGUGGGGUACGCCGUGCGUGCUUCUGACCGAUAACGGGACGGAGUUCGUUAACAGAGAAAUACAGGCUUUGACGCAGCGGUGCAGUAUUCACCACGCGACGGUUCCGCCCUACCAUCCGCAGGCCAAUCCUGUCGAGCGCGUGAACCGCGUACUAAAGACCAUGAUCACCGCGUUCGUGGAUGGGGAUCACCGUGAGUGGGACGCGCACGUGCAUGAAUUUCGAUUCGCGUAUAAUUCGACGCACCAUACGUCCUUGCAGGCGACACCGGCAUUUUUGAAUUUGGGACGGGAGCCACCGCCGGUGGGACUGUAUCGGGACAAAGCGGCCGUCGAGGUCGAGCGAACCGAACCGGCCGAGUGGCGAGAACGUAUGGAGCGCCUCGAGGCACUGCAGGAGUGGGUGGUCGAGAACCUCGAGGCGGCCCAAGAGAAACAGGCGAAAUAUUAUAAUCGCCGGCAUCGCGACCGCCAAUUUGAGGUGGGCGAACAGGUGCUGAAGCGGCACCACGUAUUAUCGUCGGGGGCGCGACACUUUUCGGCAAAGUUGGCGCGAAAGUUUCACGGCCCUUUCGUGAUAAGGAGGAUCCUAUCGCCGGUGGUCUACGAGCUCGCCGAUUUGACGGGGGGAAGGAUCGGGAAGGUCCACAUAAAGGACCUGAAGCCCUACCAGGAACCUUUGGACGUACCCCUGAAAAGCGGACCCCAAGUUAUCGGCGUUGGGCGGAGGAGAGUAUCGGGCCAGAAAAAGGUGGGGACGGUUAGUACGUCCUGCGGGGCGCGCGCGGAAAGGGGGAUGGAGGAAUUCGUGGCGCGGUGGGACCAGUUGUUCCGGCGGCUCGGCGAGGAGAAUCCAGGGUUGUGGACCGACUUCGAGCAGGUGGCCCGCGACAUGAGGGCCCGGCAAUAUACAACGAGAGGGGCCGUAGUGAGGGAGCUCCCAGAGACCUGCGAACGGGGAACACAGACGGAGGAUCGCCCGUCCGCCGAGAGGAGCACUCAGACGGAGGGGACCCGAACGGUCGACGCGGCAUCGCAGACGAAGACCACCGCGGCGGAGCCGCGGCACUGGGGUGCCGGGUGCUGGCACACCUGUUGGAGACGACACCCCAGUCAAUGCCCCUGA